CUUAAAUUGUAGAACGUACAUUUGUUCCUGUGUAAGAAAGGAAAAUACAACCAGUGAAACGCCUCUGAGUUUUAAUCUACUAUUUAUUGUUUUCUUCUCAGACAUAAACGGAAAACGGUCUUUAUAUCUGACUCCCUCUGGGUGUUUAUCGUCUCAUUAGGUCUCAUUGUCGAAGAUGAACUCUAAUGUGGAGAACUUGCCCCCUCAUGUUCUGCGCCUGGUCUAUAAAGAAGUUUCAGCUUUAGCAGCAGACCCACCUGAGGGCAUCAAAAUUUAUCCCAGCGAGGAAGACAUAACUGAACUUCACACGUCCAUUGAAGGGCCAGAGGGAACUCCAUUUGCUGGUGGCAUUUUCCGAAUGCGCCUGGUCCUCGGGAAGGACUUCCCUGCUGUUCCACCCAAGGGGUAUUUCCUGACCAAGAUUUUUCACCCCAACGUGGGUCACAAGGGAGAGAUCUGUGUCAACGUGCUGAAAAGGGACUGGAAGGCAGAGCUCGGCCUCAGACACGUCUUACUUACCAUCAAGUGUCUCCUGAUCCAUCCAAAUCCAGAAUCGGCUUUGAACGAAGAGGCCGGCCGCUUACUUUUAGAGGAUUAUGCCGAAUACGAAUCCCGUGCCCGUCUCAUGACAGAAAUCCACGCUAUGGGCGGGCCGGGCGGCCUCUCCGGGGCACCCCAGGACCCUAAUGACGGCCCGCAGCCGAAGAAGCAUGCAGGUGACCCCACAAAGAGAGCAGGCCCCAGCGCUGCCGCCGUCCCAGCGGCUCUGGGUAACGGAGCUAGCGGAACCAGCACAACCAGUAGCAGUAGCAACAGUAGUAGCAGCAUCAGUAACAUAGCAGGGAAAAAGAAGGCAGAUAAAAAGCGCGCAUUGAGGCGACUUUAACACCUCGACUAAAUUUGUGUGUGAAUGCAAGCGUGAGUGUAAAUAUAAAUAAUGAAUUGUGAUGGCAACGAUUUUUUCUUGUUCCUUUUCUGACUCUUUUCUUCUCAGAGUCCAGAUUGUUCACUUUGUACCUUUUUUUUAUUUUAUUUUUUUCCACCAGAUUAGCUCAUCCUGUUUGCAUUAUAAAAAGUAUCUGCUCCUCUUUGAAGAGAAUACUUUUUACUCUGAAAACCAUGUCAUUACUUGUGUUUUUCUUUUGUCCUGUUCAGAUUGACGGCUAAAGAAGGAACGUAUCUGUCAUUAAAAAAAAACUUUUUAUCAGCAGACGUUCUUGCUGCUGUGAUGGUACCGUGUACUGCGCAGCCCGACCUCUUCAAUCUGAACCAGAUAAAAUUAAGAUGGAAAUAUUUUUUUCCUUUUUUUUUUUUUUUUCAAUCGUGCUCCCAAGUUGUUUGAAGCACUUACACAAAAAGUUCAGGGUUUCACAAUUCGGAGUCAAGUGUUGCCAUUGUGCAAAGGUGGCAAUCUUUUUGUAAUCUGUAUUUUUUUAUAUUAGAAUCUAAAUGUAGGAAGGAUUAAUUGGGGGAAAAGUUGACAUUUGAGCAUCUGUUUUGUUUUUUGUUGAAUUUGUUUCCCUGUCUUAACAGAGGGAGAAAUAAAACACAUAUAUAUGUAAUAGUUUAACUUUUAUAGUUCAACUAUUACAGGUUGAAAAAAGUUGAGGUCAUUGUCUGGAAAAGUAACUUUUUUCCUAAGUGUUAUUAUUUUAGCUCUCCAUCCGGGUCUGAUAUGGUCAGCUUCUAGCUGAUUCUGUUUUUCCAGUCUGGUCAGCUUCCCUUUAGUAAUCUUUUGUAACAAUUCUUAAACAAUUCCAUUCUUAUUGGGGGUAAAUGUCAAACGUAACAAGCAUAAAAAGUUAGGAAAAAGAUGGCGGUCCUAAAAGCAUCCAUGUUUUCAACCAUCACAGGGUUCUUUGGCAGGUUUUCUUUGUUCUAAAUGCAUGCAGGAAAAAAAUACUUUGAAAAUGUGCCUCUGAAACUCCUGUGAUAUCUUGUCAUUUUUAAAUUAUUUAAAUUAAUAAAACCUUGAAACCCAAGAAGCAAAUUGAAAGUA